UAAUUUCGUAGUUAGUGCAAAUCGUUUUUCAUACAUCAAUUUAAUUUUUGUUGAAAUCGUUAUGAAUAAAUAAAUUUUAGAACAAAAUUUGAUAAAAACAAGAACACAAAAUUCAUCAAAUUGGCGGCUUUUAACUAUUGUUGUACGGAUAUCGGAAGAACUUUAAUUAAACAACAAGACAAUUUCUCUCAACAGACCGAAUAAGCGCCGUUUUCUGAGAAAAUAUGUAUUAGGACAAAAAAUACUAACCUAAGAACAUGGCGUUAUUAAUUGUUCUAAGAGUAAGAGAUUUCACAGAUCCUUAAUAUGAAUAAACGCACUGUUUUUCCAGUCAAUUAUGCACAAAUCAUAACAAUAAUAAUAGAAAAAAGAUCAAAACAUGAAAUAUAUUAAUUCUUGACUAUAAGAAUCUAUAAAAAAUUGUAAAAUAAAACCACGAAAAAGGAUAAAGGUAAAACAUCACCCCUUUUCCACAAAAAAAGCGCACGUUUAAUAAAACGCGCACAUAUUCAAGAUGCCUUGGUGAUACACACUUCACUGUCGCCUCUGCGAAAACGAAUUCCCAUGUUCGAUCAGCACAAAUAAAAUUAUAGAUUUUUUUUGUUGUUUGAAAAAGCAAAACGAAAGUAGUGAAAGUAGAGGAUAUCUCGCCAUAACUACUAUUGCACAUAUGAAUGAAAAUAUGGUGUUGCCCGACGAUGAUGACGAUAUAGCAUUGAAACUUUCAACAACAAGCAAAAGCACUGAAACAAAGAACAAGAAUAUUUACAAAAUUUUAUCUGCAACUCCACUUUCUCCAAACUCUUCUUUAAAUAGUUUCGUGAAAAGUUACUACUUAUCUAGAAAAAAUAGUAGUAAACAUCGUAAAAUUGGUACAAAUUCCAAUGAAAACAAUAACAACAAAAUUGAAAACAACUAUAGUGACUACACUAAGCGAAGAAAAACUACCCCAUUAUCAAGCCUUGUGUUGGACAUAACCGAAAGUACUUACGAUAAAAAGUGCUGUACAAAAAGUACUACCAGUAAUAGUUAUAGUAGCAGAAGUAACAACAUAACUAUCCGAAGUUGUAUUAGCGAAAAUAACAACAACAACAAUAACCAUUUGCACAAAAAUAACACAUCAAUACCAAAAAAUAGCAAUAAAUUUAAUAGAAAUCGUAAUAAUUGUAGUAGAAUUACUAGCGAAAUAGAAAACAAUCAACAAAAGCAACAACAAAUUCGAUCAAGAAGCAACAGCAAUAGUGAAAGUAGAAGUGGAAACGAAUUAGGAUCAGAUUUUUCAAGAUACAACGAUAGCGCUAGUGUUAGCCAUAGCAGACACUAUUUUCAAAAUAAGACGCAAGAUUCGAUAUUAGUUAAUAGUGAUGAGAACGUUGAUAGCGAUCAGGAGCAUCGUGUUGCCAAUAAAUGGAUGAGUUGUUGGUCAAGUGAAAGACUGCACGAAAAUAAAUGUCAAACUGUGGUGCGACGUCGAAGAAAAUUCAAGCAUAACUUAAAUUCCAAAUCAACAUUAACAAAAUCUACAUUCACAUCAACAUCUCAUCUACAAAAAACACCAAUCCCAACACCAGCUUCAGCAAAAUUAGAAGCUCCAUCUUCAUCUAGAAUAUCAUCUACUUUAGCCACAUCUGCGGCUUAUGUGACGUCUUCUGCAUCGCCUCGACGUACAACUUCAAUUACAACAACAUCAUGGAGCCAAUUUUAUAUAGCUGCUCCGGUUGUGUUAGCGAUAAGAGUUUUUAUCCUAGCAGCUUUACGAACACUGCCGCCACUAGUAAGGAUACAGCGAGGGAUUUAUGGACUUAAUAAAUACUCAUGGAUAUUUUUAUUGAUCUACUUGAAUUUAUCUGCUAAAUUUUGUUUAGCAGGAUACCAUGAAAAGAAACUCCUACAUGAUCUACUAGAUCCAUAUAAUACUCUCGAACGACCAGUACUUAAUGAAUCAGAUCCAUUACAGUUAAGUUUUGGAUUAACACUAAUGCAGAUAAUCGAUGUCGAUGAAAAAAACCAAUUGCUUGUCACAAAUGUCUGGCUAAAACUGGAAUGGAACGAUAUGAAUCUUAGAUGGAACACAUCAGACUAUGGCGGUGUGAAGGACCUACGCAUACCUCCGCAUCGGAUAUGGAAACCGGAUGUCCUGAUGUACAAUAGUGCGGACGAGGGCUUCGAUGGGACAUAUCAAACGAAUGUUGUUGUACGCAGCAACGGAUCGUGUCUAUAUGUGCCGCCUGGCAUAUUCAAAUCGACAUGCAAAAUCGACAUUACAUGGUUUCCGUUUGAUGACCAACGUUGCGAAAUGAAAUUUGGCAGCUGGACCUACGACGGUUUUCAGUUGGAUUUACAAUUGCAAGAUGAAACCGGAGGAGAUAUAAGUAGCUACGUUCUAAAUGGUGAAUGGGAGCUGCUAGGUGUUCCAGGCAAACGUAACGAAAUCUACUACAAUUGCUGCCCAGAACCAUAUAUCGAUAUCACAUUCGCCAUUAUUAUUCGUCGGCGAACGUUGUAUUAUUUUUUUAAUUUAAUUAUUCCGUGUGUUCUGAUUGCAUCAAUGGCCCUGUUGGGAUUCACACUGCCACCAGAUUCAGGAGAAAAAUUAUCAUUAGGUGUUACAAUUCUUCUCUCACUUACUGUCUUCCUUAAUAUGGUAGCAGAAACGAUGCCCGCGACAUCCGAUGCUGUCCCACUUUUAGGUACAUAUUUCAAUUGCAUAAUGUUUAUGGUAGCGUCAUCCGUUGUGUCAACGAUAUUAAUAUUAAAUUAUCAUCAUCGAAACGCUAAUACUCACGAAAUGUCCGAAUGGAUACGAAUCAUAUUUUUAUGUUGGCUACCGUGGAUUCUUCGAAUGAGUCGACCCGGUAGACCACUAAUAUUGGAAUUUCCACCAACACCGUGUUCUGAUACUUCAUCCGAAAGAAAACAUCAAAUUCUUUCCGAUGUGGAACUCAAAGAGAGGUCCUCAAAAUCCUUACUAGCAAAUGUGCUGGAUAUCGAUGAUGAUUUUCGGCACAAUUGCAGACCAAUGACUCCAGGGGGAACACUGCCACAUAAUACUGCAUUUUAUAGAACUGUAUACGGGUAUGAAAAUCAAGGUGAUGAUGGUAGCAUUGGACCGAUUGGCAGUACAAGAAUGCCAGAUGCCGUUACACAUCACACGUGUAUAAAAUCCUCAACAGAAUACGAACUAGGGUUAAUUCUAAAAGAGAUACGUUUCAUAACGGAUCAGCUCCGUAAAGAAGACGAGGACAAUGACAUUGCCAAUGAUUGGAAAUUCGCAGCUAUGGUCGUUGACAGACUGUGCCUUAUCAUAUUCACAAUGUUCACAAUAUUAGCCACAAUAGCUGUAUUACUUUCAGCACCACAUAUUAUUGUCUCGUAGCCAUAUGAGAGGAGUUAUUGUUAUUGGUUUUAUUAUAAAAUCAAUUUGUUAAUUAUUAAAUUAAUAUCGAAACUUUUUAAAUAAUCUAAACCAAAAGAAAAAAAAAACACUGAAAAAAUUAAAAAAUAAAUUUUUGACCAUCAAAAAUUUAACCAAAAAAACAAACAAAUUUAAAUUAAAUUAAAUUUCUUUAAACAAACAAAAGUAAAACACUCUUCCACUUAAAACAAAUUGUAUUGAAGGGAAGUCAUACAACAUUUAACACAUACAACACAAAUUAACAAAAAAAAGACAAACACACCUACACUAUUUUCAUUUUGUACCGGAGAAAAUAUUUUUUAUUAAUUCGCAAAAAAAUAAUAUUAAAAAAAACACAAAAAAAUCGAAAAAAAAUCAGAAAAAAAUAAACAAAAAUGUAUGAAACGACAAAACUUUUAUUUUCAAGAAAUAUAAAAAAGCAAAACGUUACUAAACACUAAGUGGAUGAAAAGAAAAACAGAAUAAGUCGAUAUUUAAACCAAAAUAAACAGUUGUACAUAUUUAAAAAAAAAAAGUGAGAACAAAACCGAAAUAAAAAUUAGGCAUCAAGUUAAAUAUAAUGCAUUCAAAUAUAGAUAAACAUAUACAUUAUAUGCGGGUACUUAUACAUACGUAUGUGCAUAUAAACUGUAAUGAAAAUAUAAUA